CUCGCAUUCUCCCCCAUGGCUAGACGAUACGACAGCCGCACGACUAUAUUCUCGCCUGAAGGCAAACUAUACCAGGUUGAGUAUGCUAUGGAGGCUAUCUCACACGCUGGCACCGUCCUUGGUCUCCUGGCCAAAGAUGGUGUGGUUCUUGCCGCAGAGAAGAAAGUUACUGGCAAGUUGCUCGAUUUGUCCGCUACCAAGGAGGGCGGAUACGGGGGCAGUGGAGAAAAAGUGUUCCUUCUGAGCUCAAAUGUGAUCACGGGCCUUGCAGGCUGGACGGCCGACGCCAACUCGCUCGUCAACUUUGCGCGAAAUGCUGCACAGCAACAUCUCCUGGCUUACGACGAAGACAUACCGGUCGAGCUACUGGCCCAGCGGCUGUGCGAUAUGAAGCAAGGCUACACGCAGUUUGGUGGUUUGCGUCCGUUUGGCGUGUCGUUGCUCUACGCGGGUUACGAUCCACAGUACCAAUUCCAACUCUACCGCUCCGAUCCAUCAGGCAAUUAUUCGGGCUGGAAAGCCACAUGCAUUGGCGCCAACAAUGGGACGGCUCAGAGUCUGCUGAAGCAGGAAUAUAAAGAUGACAUCGAAGUCAAAGACGCGAUUGGCCUGGCGUUAAGAACGAUGAGCAAAACGAUGGACAGCACAACCCUUGGAAGUGAGAAAUUGGAAUUCGCGGUGCUUACACUCGAUCCUGUGACAAAGAAACCGAAAGCCAAAAUCUACCGACCGGCGGAGAUAGACGCGUUACUGGAGAAGGAGGGUCUGGCGAAGAAAGACGAGGACACGGAGAUGAAGGCAGCUUGA